CCCGUGUAUGCUGCUGACAUGCGCAGCUGAAAUGAAAACAUUGUUGUGAAUAUCGGUUAUCAUUGUUGUGAAUAUCGGCUAUUAUAUCUACUUUCUGUUGAUAUAUGCUUAACAUGGAAAUGACCCGGUGACUUCAAGGAGUAGGACAAUGAGUGCUUUCAACCAUCAAAACUUUUCUUCUUCUUUCAACUUUCAAGAUUUUUCUUCACGCCUGAACGAACCUGAUGCUAUAAUUGUUGAGAUAGCCAGUGAUGUUACUUCGAAUCAAGUUGUAAAGCCCGACAUAGAGGACGAUCAGAAGCGAUGGCUUAUUGUUGGAAUAUGUCUGCACAGCGUCAUAUCUCCCGCUUUAAGACAGUACAUUCCUCCUGUUGUGAGCAAAUUGUACAGCACUUUGAAACGCACAGACCAGGUGGACAAACAGACAUUCACCAAACAUCUGAUACGGUAUAAACCUACAAACAAAGAGCUGAACUAUGAGGCAAUUAACAACAACAGCACUAUACCAAAGGUGAAAGGGAAGAAAGAUGUACAAAAAUAUAACUACAAUGUAACUAGCGAUGUGGACCUCACCAAAUUGUUUAUGAUAACCAGUAUGGCCCACUAUACCGGGUUUGAUGAUACGUGUGACUCGUCGGCACUACUGGGAAUCAUAAUCAAUAUUGAUACAUUCCCUGCUUUACCUAAGAAAACAGCUGAAAAGGUACGUGCAGAUAUUCGGAAUCCUUGGGCUCAUUGCAACUUUUCUGAGUGGGACGUCAUCAAGUAUCAAAACUCAUUCCAGCUAAUGCACCAGUUUAUUCGGAACCUGCAACUUCCGGUACAGGAUGAGACAGCAAUUCUAGCAAAACUGACUCACUGGCAAACAAAUGGAGUGCAAUUUCUACAAGGCACAACACUUGGUGUAGAGCUUGUACAGGAACUGAAAAAUGAAACAAGAGCGCUAAGUAAAUUCAUUCUGGACAUAGUGUCACAGACAGAUGAGAGUUUCAAACCUGUUCAUAAUGCUUUACUUUCUAUGGAAGGCACUUUAAAUGAAACAACUGAUAAAGUAAGUCAUCUAUUGACGGAUACGUCGGAAUUGAAAGGCAAUUUAAAAGCGCUGACAGAUACAGUAGAUGAUUUGCAAGAUGCACAUGAACAACAUUCUGACACCAUAGAAAAGAUGAAGACUCAUAUAGAAGAUGUACAAUCUAAUGUCAAUAAAACGCAGCUGGAGCUUGUUAAUUCCAAGCAGAAGGUUGACCACAUAGAAAGCCGUUUAGACGAUAUAUCACUGGGAGUUUCAGAAAACAGGACUAAACUAAAUGAUACUAAGACAGAGAUUAUAUAUGCUAGGAUUGAUAUUGAGGAGUUAACUAAAUAUUUAUCAUCUGAAAGGCCAAAUGACAAAGUGUUUUUCUAUCCCCCAGAUAGAGUUUCUUCAUUUGUUAGUCGAGAGGAUGAAUUAGAAACGCUUCAAGAAGAGUUUCAAAGACGUAGCAACGACCAUCAUGUACAAGUUAUUUGUGGAUUAGGUGGAAUUGGAAAAACAACCUUGUCUAUUGAAUAUGCUUGGACUUUUCAAAGUUUUUAUCCUGGAGGUGUGUUUUGGAUGUCAGCGGAAACAACCGAAGCGUUGGAAGAUUCUAUACAACGUCUAGCCAUAGACGCAAGUACUGUUGGAAAAAAUGCGAAAGAAACACUCACAAAGACGCUAAAAUGGAUGUCCUCUAUACAAGAUAGAUGGCUGCUUGUGAUCGAUAAUGUAGAUAUGGAGGAAAUUAGAAGUAGCAUAAAAGAAUUGCUUCUCGGAGCUUGGAAAAGGAAUUCAAAAGGCCAUAUUAUAAUUACAUCUAGAAGGGAGGCGGAAGAAGCGGAAGAUGAGUUCAAUGUCAAAUUAAAGGACUGUAUUACACUAGAUGUACUGACUGAACGUGAAAGCGUUCAGUUCAUGACAACUCGCUCGGGCUGUAAGAAUGACAAGAACGACCGCAGUCUCGAAUUAUUGAUAGAGGAGCUCGGCGGUCUACCGCUCGCUUUGGAGCAAGCAGUCGCACAUAUAAAAACUUUACACUGUACCUUCAAAGAAUAUUUGGAAAAAUUUAAUCGAAAAAGACUGAAAAUUCUCAAAGCUAGUAGAUCUCGUUUUAAUGUAUCAAAGGAACGUCAAGCUGUACGUACAACAUGGCAUUUGAAUUUUGACUAUAUAGACAAGCAGUCCGAAGAAGAAGGACUAGGAUGUGCAGCAGUUACUGUAAUGGAAAUAUCAGCAUUUCUGUAUGCAGAUGAAAUUCCACUGACUAUUUUAAAUGUAGGUUCACCCGAGAUUUUAGACGAAGAUCUUCUUGACGCAUUCCAAGAAGAAAUAGGAGUCAAGCAAGUUGCUGAAAUACUUGCACGAUUCUCUUUGUUCAGUCGUCGUGGUGGCAGUACCCUUAGUGUCCAUCGGUUAGUGCAGGAGGUCAUCAGAGAAAAUCUAACUGAUUCAGAUCGAAAAGCUUUUAUCCUACAAUGUGCAACACGUAUGAUAAACAAGGCUCUUGAGAGGACGCAGUCGCCAAGAGAAGCUUUAAAAGAAGAAAAUGUUGGCAGAGCUUCAUUACAGAUGUGGAGUAAAUUAGCACUCAGUGCAAAUACAUUAAAAACCUAUCUUUUCGAGUUUACAAAAACUAAUAAGAAACAAAUGCAUAUUUGCUUUAAUAUUGAAAGCACAAAGCUAUUACAAACAAGUGCAGUAUACCACAGUCUGUUUCAGCGGCAAGACGAGGCGUUAGCCUGCCAAGCUCAAAUGUUGAGCAUCAUACCCGCACUCGGCAUUGCUGAAUCUGAUUACAGAGAACUAACCUGUAUUAAGAUACCCCUUUUACAGAAUGACAGAGAGAUUAUUCAAAGUAGUAUGACAAUGGCUAUAUCGACGGGAACAGAACAAUUGGUAGGAGUAGAUCAAGCACAAACCGUUGCGCUGUUGGAUCCAGAACCAUUGCGCAUUAUGGGAAAUGACGCUUUUAAAUCACAGAAAUACCAAGAUGCCAUUCAAUGUUAUUCUGAAGCAAUCACUGCCAGUCACGGUAAUAUUGAUCCAAAAGUUCUUUCAAACAGAAGCCUUGCCUACUUAAGAGUUUCUGAUUAUGAAAAGGCAUUGCGUGAUGCAGAUCUAUGUAUACAAAUUGAUCCAAACGCACACAAAGCUUAUUGCUGGAAGGCAUAUGCAAUUGCUAAUCUUAUUCGUCUUGGUGUGUUGUCCAAGUCCUGGGAAUCAGCUGGUUUGGCAGCUGCAGCUGUUGCCGGAUAUUUUAAUAAGAAGUGUUUACUUGAAUACAGGAUGAAAAUUGAAUAUCCAGUUGUACGAUUCAAAAUUAUAAAAGAUCAAUCCACUCUAGGACAGGAAAUGGUUUCCAUGAUGAACAGGGCUUAUACAACAUUAUUGCUACGUAAAGGUAAUUACCAAAUAGAUCUGCAUAAAGCAGAGAUCACUACAAAAAGUGUCCAGAUCAUCGGUAUAGAAGAAGGUGUUGAAAUCCAUAGCCCACUAGGAGUUUCCUUGAUCCACCCGAGUAAGAUGAGCUCUAAGUUUCGAUUCGAGGCAGAAAUUAAUGUGUUUUUCGAAAACGUAACGUUUCCUAACGAGACUGGGCAAAUACUUGUCGAUGGUCAAGUGAACGCAACAUUUUACAGAUGUGUGUUUUCAAACGGUAGAAAGGGCUGUGAGGACUUCCCGUUUUGUAAUGGUCGUCGUGGUUGUGUAAAUCCAAACCCGGACGAGUGCAGAACGUUAAGUGCGUUGCAAGAAAAAGCGUCGUGUCCGCAUCCGAGCGGAGUCGUUGGUCAUGCCGGUAUCUGUGCAGAUGGGGGUGGAAAUGUAUUAAUAGAUAACUGUACAUUAAACAGGUGCGGUGGUGGGGGCACUCUCAGUAUUGACGGAUCUGUUCUUAAGAUAAGACACAGUGCCCUUCGUAAUAUGAGACAGGCGGGUGUUGAGGUAAGGGAAGGAGGCUUUACAGUUGCUGAAGAUUGUACAAUUUGUGACAAUCAGUUCCAUGGGGUGGUGAUAGGACCGAAAGGAAGAGGGGUUGUAAAAAGCUGUGUCAUACAAAACAACAAAAAUGAAGGAAUUUGGUGCGGAGGCAAUCUGGACACUAAAGGAGAAUCACGUUUAACACAUACAUCGAAUUCAGAAGGCGGAUCAACAUGCAUUAUCUUUGAUAAUUUAAUCUAUCAAAAUGGUAUGUCAGGAAUAUCACUAGAUGGCGGAUCGUAUGAUAUUUCUGGAAACAAAAUAUUUGAAAACUGGCUUUGGGGAAUGAUGGUGAAAUCUAGAUCAACAACAAACAUAUGCAACAAUGAUAUAUUUGAGAACAAGUGUGGCGGCAUAAGGAUUGGAGUAAAUUACUCAGCACCAGUCAUGAUGGAUGGAAAUACUAUUCGAGACCAUACUGGCCCUGCUGUUCAUACAGAAAGGGACCAUAUAACGAAUGACUUUCCAAGGACGUUACAUGGAAACAAAGGUCUAAUAGAAAUGAUGAAAGAUAUUGGUAUGAUGGAUGAUGAGAGCACAGUUUUUUCAAUACCACCUAUCAUAACAUCAAGGAAUGUAAUCGAAAAAAACAACAGAGGAGAACAGCAUCCACGACAAAUCCUAGACCUUGUAGAAACCUGUUGUUUCUGUCAUACUGAUUCUAACAAACUAAAAAUAUGUGCGAAGUGUAAGAAGGCAAGCUACUGUUCUAAAGAAUGUCAGAAACAACACUGGAAACGUCAUCAGAUUAUAUGCAAACUCUUGACUGAAAACUUUACCGUAGACAUAAAGAUGUCAGAGACAACUAAUUGGGACGUAUACUUAAAUGUGCAACGAGGAUCGAAUAUUGUCCGCACCACAAAAGUUCCACUGCCAGGAUUAGGAGAAGGUGCACCUCCUGACAAGACAAGUGAAAGAAGAUUUAUUGUCAAAAUACAGUCAGGACACGAAUACACAAGAUAUGAUCCAAAUAAGAUGAUGAGACUGUAUGACCAAACUCAGACCAUGGAUAUAUUUUUCAGAAACCCUAACAUCUAUCACUUAAUUUGCGAGUGUGGAGUUCUAGCUGCAUCGAAAUUCACUACAAAGAAAAUGUUCUGUUGGGCUUCUUUUAAAGACAACGGCAAAACGCUGCGUAUGUAUACAGACACUUUGCCAACAUUUCAAACAUGGUAGUCAUGCAGGUUAUUUAGUAUAUCGGAUGUUCAACACAACAAAAAUAUCCGAUGUACAUUUUCAUUUGUGCGUUCUUUGUUAGCUCGACUAUUCGAGCAAAUACAUAUUGUUAUCAUUUAAAGGCAUAUAGCUUUGAAACUUGUUUUCCCUUUUCUAGGUCAAUUACCAACCUCACUGGGUCAAGUCCCAUAACUCUGACAUGUAUUUUGAGCAAAUUAUGCACCCUUUCGACUUAGAAAAUCCUGGUUAAAGUUUUACAUGCAUGAUACAAUUUCCAAAACAAAUGCAGAUAUUGAAUUGAAACUUCACAAGUCUUGUGUCUUCGGGGUUAUAAAACUAGGUGAUGGCAUCGAGUCUAUAACUCUUGACAUAUCGUGGGCUGAGCGCGAAACUAUUGUAUCUUGUUCUUUAUUCAUAUACAGUUACAUUAGUUUCGCGCUCAGCCCUCGAUAUAUUUUGGUCAAAUUAUGCCCCCUUUUGGACUUAAAAAAUCCUGGUUAAAAUUUUGCAUGCAAGUACAGCUAUUACUAAAAGCCAUACAGAUUUGAUACUAUUUUUAGCUCAUCUGAGCAGGUGAGUUUUUGUGAUCGCUCGAUGUCCGGCGUCUGUCUGUCGUCUGUCAACAUUUAGCUUGUGUAUGCGAUAGAGGCUGUAUUUUUCAAUUGAUCUUCAUGGAAUUUGGUCAGAAUGAUUGCCUUGAUGAAAUCUAGGCCAAGUUCGAAAAUGGGUCAUCUGGGUCAUAAACUAGGUCACUAGGUCAGAUCAAAGAAAAACCUUGUUUAUGCGAUAGAGGCUGUAUUUUUCAAUUAAUCUUCAUGAAUUUUGGUCAGAAUGAUUGCCUUGAUAAAAUCUAGAUCGAGUUUGAAAAUGGGUCAUCUGGGAUCAAAAACUAGGUCACUAGGUCAAAUCAAAGAAAAAGCUUGUGUAUGCGAUAGAGGCUGUAUUUUUCAAUUGAUCUUAAUAAAUUUUUUUCAGAUUAAUUACUUUGAUGAAAUCUAGGCCAAGUUCGAAAAUGGGUCAUCUGGGGUCUAAAACUUGGUCACUAGGUCAAAUCAAAGGAAAACUUUGUGUAUGCGAUAGAGGCUGUAUUUUUCAAUUGAUCUUCAUGAAUUUUUGUCAGAAUGAUUGCCUUGAUAAAAUGUAGGUCAGGUUUGAAUAUGGGUCAUCUGGGGUAAAAAACUAGGUCACUAGGUCAAAUCAAAGAAAAACCUUGUGUAUGAAAUAGGGGCUGCAUUUUACACCGGAUCUUCAUGAAAUUUGAUCAGAAUAUUUGUUUGUAUGAAAUCUAGGUCGAGUUUUGAUAUGGGUCAUGUGGGGUCAAAAACUAGGUCAACCGGUGAAAUUAAAUAAAAACCUUGUGUACACAAUAGGGGCUGCAUUUUACACGGGAUAUUCAAAACAUUUAGUCAGAAUGUUUGCCUUGACGAAAUCUAGGUCAAGUUAGAAUAUGGGUCAUCUGUGGUCAAUAACUAGGUCACUAGAUCAAAUCAGAGAAAAACCUUUUGUAUGCAACAGAGACUGUAUUUUUCAAUUGAUCUUCAUGAAAUUUGGUCAGAAUGAUAGCCUUGAUGAAAUUAAAGUUAAAUUUGAAUAUGGGUCGCUUGGGGUAAAAAACUAGGUCGCUAGGACAAAUCAAAGGGAACUUUUUAUAUGUGAUAGAGGCUGUAUUUUUCAGUUGAGGUAAAUGGUGAGAAUGAUUGCCUUGAUCAAAUCUAGGUCAGGUUAGAAUGUAGGUCAUCUUGACUCAGAAACUAGGUCACUAGAUCAAAUUGAAGAAAAUACUUGUUUACACUUAAGAGACCAUAUUUUUGGUCUAAUCUUAAUGAAAAAUGGUCAGAAUAUUUGUUUCUAUGAAAUCACUAGGUCAAACAUGUUAAUACUGUUAUGGUGUGUUUCUCAGGUGAGCGACCUAGGGCCAUCUUGGCCCUCUUGUUUUCUUUUCUAGAUCAGUUACCAACCUCACUGGGUCAAGUCCCAUAACUCAGACAUAUAUUUUGGGCAAAUCAUGCCCCCUUUUUGACUAAGAAAAUCCUGGUUAAAGUUUUGCAUGCAAGUGCAUACAGCUAUUCCUAAAAGCCAUACAGAUUUGAUACUAUUUUUUUCUUUUCUAGAUCAGUUACCAGCCUCACUGGGUCAAGUCCCAUAACUCAGACAUGUAUUUUGGUUAAAGUUUUGUGUGCAAGUACAUACAGCUAUUACUUAAAGGCAUAUAGAUUUGAAACUUACUUUACUCUGACAUGUAUUUUGAGCAAACUAUGCCCCCUUUUGGAUUAGAAAAUCCUGGUUAAAGUUUUACGUGCAAGUUACUAUGUCCAAAACUAAUGCAGAUAUUAAAUUGAUACUUCACAUGUGUCUUCGUGGUUAUAAAACUAGUUGAUAGCAUCAAGUCCUAAAACUGUGACCUGCAUUUUGGCCAAAUUAUUUCCCGUUUUGGACUUCGAAAAUCCUGGUUAAAGUUCUGCGAGCAGGUACAAACAGCCAUAACUUAACGACACGUAGAUUUGAAACUUUUUUAUGCCCCCAGCAUCUACUGAUGCGGGAGGCAUAUAGUGAUCGUCCUGUCCGUCCGUCCUUCCGUCCGUUCGUCCGUCCGUCCGUACGAGGUUAACCAAAUGGGACCGUUUCGUCUAGCAUCAAUACCCCUUACUAGAAUGACUUAAUACUAAUGCAGAUGUAACCUGUGACCAUUCCUCAUCUUCUGACCUCAGUUUGACCUUGACCAUGACCUCAUUUUGGACUUAGGUUGCUUUAUACGGGCCAUCUCCUGGUUAACCAAAUGGGACCGUUUCGUCUAGCAUCAAUACCGCUUACAAGAAUGAAUUGAUACUAAUGCAGAUGUAACCUGUGACCAUUCCCCAUCUUCAGACAUCACCUGACCUCAGUUUGACCUUGACCUUGACCUCAUUUUGGACUUAGGUUGCUUUAUAUGGGCCAUCUCUUGGUUAACCAAAUGGGACCGUUUCGUCUAGCAUCAAUACCCCUUACUAGAAUGACUUGAUACUAAUGCAGAUGUAACCUGUGACCAUUCCCCAUCUUCAGACAUCACCUGACCUCAGUUUGACCUUGACCUUGACCUCAUUUUGGACUUAGGUUGCUUUAUACGGGCCAUCUCCUGGUUAACCAAAUGGGACCGUUUCGUCUAGCAUUAAUACCGCUUACAAGAAUGAGUUGAUACUAAUACAGAUGUAACCUGUGACCAUUCCUCAUCUUCAAACAUCACCUGACCGCAGUUUGACCUUGACCUCGUUUUGGACUUAGGUUGCUUUGUAUUGACAAGGAUACCACCGGGAGCAUAAAGCGUUUAUUGAACGCAGCUUCUUGUUUUUAGCUCACUUGAGCAAUGCUCAGGUGAGUUCUUGUGAUCGCAGGAUGUCCGGCGUCCGUCGUCUGUCAACAUUUAGCUUGUGUAUGCGAUAGAGGCUGUAUUUUUCAACCUAUCUUCAGAAUAAUCGCCUUCUGGGUCAUCUGGGGUAUAAAAAUUAGGUCAAUAGGUCAAAUCAAAGAAAAACCAUGUGUGUGCAAUAGAGGCUGUAUUUUUUAAUUUCUUUCUAUGAAAUAAUGUCGGAAUGAUCGUCUUGAUGAAAUAUAGGUCGAGUUUCAAUAUGGGUCAUCUGAAGGAAAAAUAGGUCACUAGGUCAAAACAGAGAAAAACCUAGUGUAUGCGAUAGAGAAUAAUAACUUUGAUGAAAUCUAGUUCAAAAUUGAAUAUGGGUAAUUUGAGGUCAAAAACUAGGUCACUAGGUGAGAUAAUAGAAAAAUCUUAUGUAUGCGAUAGAGACUGUAUUUAUUAAAUUUAUUUUCAUGAAAUUUGGUCAGAAUGAUUGCUUUCAUGAAAUCUAGGUCGAGUUUGAAUAUGGCUUAUCUGGGAUCAAAAAAUAAGUCACUAGGUCAAAUCUAAGAAAAACAUUGUGUAUGCGAUGGAGGCUGUUUUUUUUUAAAUUUCUUUCCAUGACAUUAUGUCAGAAUGAUUGUCUUGAUGAAACAUAGGUAGAGUUUCAAUAUGGGUCAUCUGAGGGAAAAAUAGGUCACUAGGUCAAAACAAAGAAAAACCUAGUGUAUGCGUUAGAGACUGAAUUUUUCAGUUGGUCUUCCUUAAAUUUGGUCAGAAUGUUAGCCUUGAUGAAGUAAAAAAGUAGGUAACUAGGUCAAAUCAAAGAAUUACUUUGUGUAAGCGAUAGAGGCUGUAUUUUUCUAUUGAUCUUCAUGAUGGGAGCGGUGGUCUAGUGGUUAAGGUGUCGGCCGCUCAACCCAGGGGUUGUGGGUUCGAGCCCCAUUGGGGUCACGACCAUGACUUCUCAUAAGGCACCAGUACUGGUUUUUCCAGGAAGCAGACUCGAGAGUUGUUCAAAUAAACUUGAAGCUUUCAUUACAAUCGAGCUAAAAUAAAUUAGUAUAAACUAAACUAAAUUUUGUGAGAAUGAUUGCCUUGAUAAAAUCUAGGUUAAGUUCGAAUAUGGGUCAUCUGGGGUAAAAAAACUAGGUCACUAGGUCAAAUCAAAGAAAAACCUUGUGUAUGCAAUAAAGGCUGUAUUUUUUAAUCGAUCUUCAUGAAAUUUGGUCGGAAUAAUUGCUUUGAUGAAAUCUAGUUCGAAAUUGAAUAUAGGUAAUUUGAGGUCAAAAACUAUGUCACUAGGUCAAAUAAUAGAAAAAUCAUAUGUAUGCGGUAGAGACUGUAUUUUUUUUCAAUUUAUUUUCAUGAAAUUUGGUCAGAAUGAUUGCCUUCAUGAAGUCUAGGUCGAGUUUGAAUAUGGAUUAUCUGGGGUAAAAAAAAUAGGUUUCUAGGUCAAAUCUAAGAAAAACAUUGUGUAUGCGAUAGAGGCUAUUCUUUUUCAAUUGCUUUUCAUGAAAUUAUGUCAGAAUGAUUGUCUUGAUGAAUAUAGGUCGAGUUUCAAUAUGGGUCAUCUGAGGGAAAAAUAGGUCACUAGGUCAAAACAAAGAAAAGCCUUGUGUUUGCGAUAGAGACUGUAUUUUUCAAUUGGUGCUGUACAUCUUAAAUAGACGCCACGGACUGAUUCAACAUGUACUCAUUAACUUGGUAAAGUAUGAUACUGUCAAUGUAAUCUAAAUACUGUUAAUCAGUAGCAUUACUUGAUGCAAAUUAUUAAAUCUUAACUAAUACUUUGUAUAACUGAAGUCUGUCGCAAAUAGUAGGACAGCUUAUUUUUAUCUCGAUGUCCAUUUUGUUCGAACCUCUUUUUGAUAUCAAACGCAUAAUUACGUUUUUCGAAAUUGAAAACCUGAAUAUUGGAUUGGCGUCGUUGGGCGGAUAAAUUGAUGUGCGGCGACAAGAUUUGGUUUUUAUUUUGGUUGAGGUAUUGAGAUGAAUCUUGGCCGAUUUGUAGCUUAUAGCAAGACCAAGAUUGACAUUGAAUUGGGGGUCAGUGGGAUCAAGCUCACUUUUACUAAAAAGAACAAAAAACUAAACAAGAGGGCCAUGAAGGCCCUGUAUCGCUCACCUGACCUAUUGACCUAAAGAUCAUCAAGAUUAACAUUCUGACCAAGUUUCAUUUAGAUAUGGUCAUAAAUGUGGCCUCUAAGUGUUAAAUAGCCUUUCCUUUGAUUUGACCUGGUGACCUAGUUUUUGACCCUACAUGACCCAGAUUCGAACUUGGCCUAAAGAUCAUCAAGAUUAACAUUCUGACCAAGUUUCAUUAAGAUAUGGUCAUGAAUGUGGCCUCUACAGUGUAAACUAGCUUUUCUUUUGAUUUGACAUGGUGACCUAGUUUUUGAUCCUACAUGACCAAGAUUCAAAAAGGACCUUGUGAUUAUUAAGAUUAACACUCUAAUAAAGUUCCAUGAAGAUACAGUCAUAAAUGUGGCCUCUAUAGUGUUAAAAGCUUUUCCUUUGAUAGGUCCUAGUGACCUAGUUUUUCACCCCACCCGACCCAGAUUUGAACUUGACCUAUAGAUCAUCAAGAUUAACAUUCUGACCAAGUUUCACGAAGAUACAGUCAUAAAUAUGGCCUCUACAUUGUUAACAAGCUUUUCCUUUGAUUUGACCCGGUGACCUGGUUUUUGACCCCGGUUGACCAAAUAUCGAACUUGUCCAAGAUUUUAUUAAGGGUAACAUUCUGACCAAGUUUCAUUAAGAUUGGGCCAAAAUUGUUACCUCUAGAGUGUUAACAAGUUUCGAUUGAUUGAAAUUAAUCUUGGUAUAUAAAUGGGUUCUAGAAUAGCCAAGGCUGGCAUUGCAUAUGGAGUCAGUAGGGUCAAGUAUAACCGAUUUAAUGAAUACAUAGUGGCGCAAUGGUAUUUAGGCAGUAAUGGUAGUCAUUUUGGAGUGAUGCAGACAAGUAGUAGUUCUAAUCAUGGUCAGGCAUUGACUUUUUUCGUUUUUAA